AUGCGCACCUUCUUCUUCCGCCCGGCCUCUCUGGAAGGCGUCGUCGAAGCUCUGGCGUCCCGGACGGAGGCCGACGAAGCCCGUAACCUCCGUGCGGAUAACAGUCGUAUGCGCAGGGAGAUUGACUCCCUCAAGGCGGAGCUAAAGGCCCACCGCCGUGAGUACGCGGAGAUGCGUACCACGGUGGCAGCGGCGACCGAGGCGGCCAACACCCCGCGAGGCGCUCCUUCGAUGGAGGAGCUCAAGGACUUCAUCGUCACGUCGAUCGGCGCGGCGAUGAAGGACCAAUUGGCGGGCCUGGAGGAGCGCCUCCCGGCGAGGAUGCAGCGACCUCCCUCCGCGGCAGAUAAAACGCAGAUGUCGCAGGGUCCACCGCCGUCUAUCUCGACGGCCCGCCAGGACGGGGGUGUUGGAGCCCCAGCCAAGCCUAGGAAGGCGGCUGCUCUGGCCGCUCAGACCAAGCCCACCGCUUGCCUACCGAGCGCACCGGCACCGGCGACGUCCCAAACACCACCGAACCAGGAGACGUCCUGGUCCACGGUGGUGAAGAAGGGCAGGAAGGGGAGCAAGACCACCUCUUCCGACGCUAAGACGCUGCCGAAAACGCCCCAGCCAGCCAAAUCGAAGCUGGCCACCCCUCGCUCGGCUGCAAUCGUUCUCACGUUGCAGCCGGAAGCAGUAGGAAAGGGCGUCACCUACGCGCAGGUCCUGGAGAGAGCGGAGCAAAGUGUCAAGCUCCAGGACCUAAGAAUCAGCGGUGGGCUGAAGGUGCGACGCACGGCGACCGGAGCCAGGGCUCUCGAGCUGCCGAAAGCCCAAGCGGAGCAGGCCGAUAGGUUGGCGGCGAAGCUCCGCACAGUUCUCGACGGGGUCGCUGACGUAGUGCGCCCGGUCAAGAAGGCCGACCUGAAGGUGACAGGGCUCGACGACUCCGUCACCUUGGAGAAACUGGCCGCGGCGAUCGCGCGCGCCGGUGACUGCUCCUCCGAGGCGGUGAAGUGCGGAGUGAUGCAGCGCGGACCCGGCUAUAUGGGGAUGGUCCGCGUCACCUGCCCCCUCACGGCAGCGAAGAAGCUGGCCGCUGCCGGUCGCCUCCUCGUCGGGUGGAGCUCGGCCAAGGUGGCCGUCGUGGAGCAGCGCCCUAUGCGCUGCUACAAGUGUAUGGGCCUGGGCCAUACACGGGCGCUCUGCCCGUCGAAGGCGGAGAGGGGAGGCCUGUGCUACCGCUGUGGCUCGGACGGCCACAAGUCAGCGGAAUGCACGGCCAAGAUGCGCUGCGCGGUCUGCGCGAAGGCCGGCAAGCCUUCAGGGCACCUGAUGGGGGCCAGGGAUUGCAACCCCCCCAUCGCGAAGGGUAAAGCGCGCGUAACUGACAUACCAAGAUGUUACCGAUUUGACGCCCUCAUCGUUGACAUGGACUGCGGCGACACGUCUCACGGGUUCGAUCCUCCCUGGGAACUCCAGGCGGAGGUGCUUGCAGAGGUGUAA